AUGGUUAAGCACAUUGAUGACGUCUUCCAAGGACCACAGGAGUUCAUCGCUACCGGACUGGAGCGUCUUCGACCCAUUCAGUCUAUGCAGUCUAUAUAUUCCCAUACGUAUCCACAGAAGGUAGUCGGCUUUGGGGAGUCAAAUGGUCAACCCUCUGAUAUACUGGCUCUUGGAUCUAUAGUCAGACCAGCCAAAGGCAACUUGGCCCGAGCCAGAGCUCUGGCUGUAGCUCCAAAGCUAGCGCCUCUGUGGAGUCCG